GCGUUUUGAAGUCCUGCCGGUCCCGCCCGUCCCGCCCGUCCCGCCUGUCCCGCCUCCGCGCCUGCAGGCGCCCUGGUCUCUUGUUGAAGGUGGUGGCAGCACAUUCCAGGGAUGUAUAUGCAGGUGGAGACACGCACCAGCUCCCGCCUCCAUCUGAAGAGGGCUCCAGGCAUCAGAUCCUGGUCCCUGCUGGUUGGAAUCUUGUCGAUCGGCCUGGCUGCUGCCUACUACAGUGGAGAUAGUCUGGGCUGGAAGCUCUUCUACGUCACGGGUUGUCUGUUUGUGGCCGUGCAGAACCUGGAGGACUGGGAGGAAGCCGUCUUCAACAAGAGCACCGGGAAGGUAGUGCUGAAGACGUUCAGCUUGUAUAGAAAGCUGCUGACUCUCUGCAGAGCAGGCCAUGACCAAGUGGUGGUCCUGCUCAGUGACAUCCGGGACGUGAAUGUGGAGGAGGAGAAGGUCCGGUACUUCGGGAAAGGCUAUGUGGUGGUGCUUCGGUUCGCCACAGGCUUCUCCCACCCCCUCACCCAGAGUGCUGUCAUGGGCCACCGCAGCGAUGUGGAAGCUGUUGCCAAGCUUAUCACUACUUUCCUGGAGCUGCACCGCCUGGAGAGUCCUGUGGAGCUGUCUCAGAGCAGCGACAGUGAGGCCGACAGCCCCGGAGACCAGAGCUGACCUCCAUGGCGCCCCUCAGCAGGGUUCUGAUGGGGCCCCGGCAGGACUGAUGGGCCGCCUGGGAGUCUUCCUUCUUGGCUCUUGCCUGUGUCCCUGGCAGCCCCAGGGCAGGACCCUCAGCUAUUCCUGCUGCUUGCUUCUGUCCUCCAAGCAAAACCACAGUGGGACCUUCUCUGCGGGCUGAUCUGCCUCUUCCUGGAAUCAGCCCGCUGGGGCAGUAGCCUGGUGUGGACAGGCCAGACCUGCUAGCCAUGUGGGGCUCAAGGCCUCUGAAAUGGGAAGCACGCCCGGGGUCCCAGGGCACGAAGCAUAGGACUGAGCUCUCUGGGUCAGGGUCUUUGCCAGGACUCAGUCCUGCAGGUUGCAACAAGGUUUUGGCAGGCAGGUGUGGGGCCUGGCUGGGUCAGCCUCUGAGGAUGCUGUCUCUGCCUGUUGUUCCUAUGGAUCCCAGCUCUUUUCCUGCUCCCCAUGUUCAUCCCUUCCACUAGCCAGACGUCCUCAGUAGUCAGAAGUGAGCUGCUCACCUGUGAGCUCCUGGUGCUCAGGGUGGAUGCCAAGGGGCCCAUUUGAUUGGUGUGCUGUUGCCAUAGUGAGGCCUCUAGAGCCCCAGAUGGCUCAUCUUGAGUCCAGCUGAGGCAGGAGACAGAUGCUGGCCUCCUGUUGCAUUUCGUGGGGCAGAAGAAGUGGGCUUCAGGAUGUAUACCUACAACUAGCCUCCUGUUUGCGCUCCAGAAUGGAAGUAACAACAGAAACAGGGUAAAUAGCCAGUGUUUGUCUCUUUUAAACACCUUAAGGUAAUAGUCAUGCAAGGACAAAGGGGCAAAACCCUGUUUUGAAUAAAGGAUUAAGGGAUGUCCACUCCUCCUUUUGGGACAAGGGAGACACUGCACAUAUGCAGAAAGGUUCCUUGGGGGUCAAAAGUUAGGGGAUGAUGCCAGGCCGUAGUGAGUCUUGCUCCUCCCAGAAGCCUUCAGUUGGAGAUCCAUCUUGGCUGAGAGGUGCAUGCACACCCAAGGGAGAGUCUCAGGGUAGGUCAGGUGUGGAAAAGAAACCAGAUAACUGGCUGAAGGUAAAGACUUGGAAGAAUUGACCUAUAUAAAUGACUUGCCUCUUUCCAGCGCUCCUCCUCACUAAGAGGGACGCCCAUACCCUUUCUCUCUGGGUGUGCGUCUCUGCCUUGCUUCUCUUUUAACAAACCAGUUCUCGGUGUGCUCUUCCACUUGUGCUAAGUCUCAAUAAACUUUGUACCUGCA